AUGGUUAUAGAUGGCACAAGGGGGGCUGGUGUGACCUAUAAUGCUGUGAAUGACUUUGAUGAAACUCCAAAUCCAUUAGCUGCAAGGUUUUAUGAAUUGCUUAGAGAUGCUGAUGAGCCAUUAUGUAAGCUUAAGAUGAGAGAGUGGGAGAAUAGCGAGCAUGAAUGUCUUAUAUUAAUGGCAGGACCUAUGAGAGAAAAGUUUGCAAAAUAUUGGGAAGAAUAUUUUUUGCCAUUAGCUAUUGCAACUGUUCUUGAUUUAAGAUUCAAAAUUGAUAUUAUGGAGUAUUAUAAUGAUCAACUGUAUGGUUCUGAUUCUUUUGAUUAUAUUGAUAGAGUUCGUACAGUUAUAUUUGAUUUGUAUAAUGAAUAUGGGGGUGAUGAAUUGCUGGCUAGAAAUUCAAGUUAUUUUAUGUCAAGUGGUUCCACAAAUGAAAAUACAAGUGCAAGCCAUGGGGGUUUAUCUUUGGAUGAUGAGCAUGACUUUGAGGAGUGGUAUCGUCGAGCUCGUUCUUCCACUAUUCAAGAUUCUAAUAAAUCUGAGUUGAAAAAAUAUUUGGAGGAAGCUGUGUUUCCAAAAAAAGAUAAUUUUGAUAUUUUAAAUUGUUGGAAGAUGAAUAGUGCUUGGUACCCUACUUUAGCAAAGAUGGCACGGGAUAUUUUAGCUAUUCUAGCUACUACUGUUGCUUCUGAAUCAGCAUUCAGUGUUGGUGGUAGGGUGAUUGAUGAGAGAAGAUCAUACUUAGCUCCAGAGAUUGUUGAAGCUUUGUUAACUACCAGUGAUUGGCUUGAAUCCACAAAGAAUGAUAAAUUUUAA